GAACGAGUGGAAAGAAAGCCCAAAGGAGAAGGCCUCGCCCGGUCUCUUCCUCGACAUUAAGCUUCGAACGCGCCUCGCCCCACCUUCGCUCCCCCCCUCCCACCGCGCUCUGCUCUCAGAUCCGGGCGGUGCCAUGCUUUCCGGCGCCAGAUCUCGCCCUUCCCUCUCCGCCGCCUUCCUCGUAGUCCUCGCGGUCUCCGCUUUCGCCUCCGAGUCCGACCACAAGUACCAAGCUGAAGAACCAGUUACACUCUGGGUAAACAAGGUUGGCCCUUACAAUAACCCUCAGGAGACAUAUAAUUAUCACAGUCUUCCAUUCUGUCAACCAUCUGAGAAUCCUGCACAUAAGUGGAGCGGGCUAGGGGAGGUCCUAGGUGGAAAUGAACUUAUUGACAGCCAGUUCCAGAUAAAAUUUCAAAGAAAUGUUGACAGAGGUUCCAUUUGUACGAUUGAACUUGAUGCCACAAAAGUGAAGCAAUUUGCUGAUGCUAUAGAGAACUCAUAUUGGUUUGAGUUCUUCAUAGAUGACUUGCCUAUGUGGGGUUUUGUUGGAGAGACUGACAAAAACAACAAAGAUAAACGUUAUCUUUUCACACAUAAAAAUAUCAUCAUCCAACAUAAUGAGUAUCAGAUUAUUCAUGUCAAUCUCACUCAAGAAAGUCCUAAACUUUUGGAGGCAGGAAAAAGAUUAGAUAUGACAUAUUCAGUCAAAUGGCUGCCGACAAAUGUUACAUUUGCUCGCCGGUUUGAGGUUUACUUGGAUUACCCUUUCUUUGAGCACCAGAUUCACUGGUUCUCUAUCUUCAAUUCAUUCAUGAUGGUUAUUUUCCUCACUGGCCUGGUAUCUAUGAUAUUGAUGAGAACUCUCAGAAAUGAUUAUGCAAAAUAUGCUCGUGAAGAUGAUGAUCUUGAGACUCUGGAAAGAGAUGUGAGUGAAGAAUCUGGAUGGAAACUUGUUCAUGGGGAUGUCUUUCGGCCUGCCCGUACUUUGGUUCUUCUUUCAUCUCUUAUUGGUACUGGUGCCCAGUUGGCAAUGCUUGUACUCCUGGUAAUUUUGUUGGCGAUUAUUGGAACAUUAUACAUUGGGCGAGGAUCUAUCACUACAACUUUCAUAGUCUGCUAUGCUCUUACCUCAUUCAUUUCAGGCUAUGUCAGUGGUGGACUUUACUCACGUAAUGGUGGUAAACAUUGGAUAAAGUCUAUGAUCGUCACAGCAUCAUUGUUUCCAUUUAUGUGCUUUGGGAUUGGCUUCAUACUUAACACAAUCGCUAUAUUCUAUGGAUCACUAGCAGCUAUUCCGUUUGGGACGAUUGUUGUUGUGUUCAUAUUAUGGGCUUUCAUCUCAUUUCCACUAGCACUUUUAGGCACCGUUGUGGGUAGGAACUGGAGUGGUUCACCAAACAAUCCAUGCCGUGUAAAGACCAUUCCUCGUCCUAUCCCUGAGAAGAAAUGGUAUCUUACACCUUCUGUUGUUUCACUAAUGGGAGGACUGCUUCCAUUUGGUAGCAUCUUCAUUGAGAUGUAUUUUGUCUUCACAUCAUUCUGGAAUUACAAGGUAUAUUAUGUGUACGGCUUUAUGUUACUGGUCUUCCUGAUCCUCAUAAUUGUCACCAUUUGUGUGACUAUAGUGGGUACAUAUUUCUUGCUUAAUGCUGAGAACUAUCACUGGCAGUGGACUUCAUUCUUUUCUGCUGCUUCAACUGCCGUCUAUGUUUUCCUUUACUCUAUAUAUUACUACUAUGUGAAGACCAAGAUGUCAGGCUUUUUCCAGACUAGCUUCUACUUUGGCUACACUUUGAUGUUUUGUCUGGGAUUAGGGAUACUUUGUGGUGCCGUGGGUUAUCUCGGCUCUACUUUAUUUGUGAGAAGGAUUUACAGAAACAUAAAAUGUGACUAGCCCUAAAACACAACCAGAAGACCGAUAUCAUAUGCUGGGCCACAAAAUUUUGAAACAACCAGAAGGCCAGGGUGAAAGGUGGGUUUGCUGGUGGGAGGAAUUGCUAGCUCUGUUUCCCUCCUGUUUUGGACUUUGCAGGAUGUCACAUUUUUCUUUCCAUUGCUUUCCGCAGUAGCCUCUCAAUGUGCUUAAUCUAGUUAAUAAAUAACUUGGUCUACUUCCAGCACUUUUCUUUAUCAUGUACUUGUGACAUUAGUGACAAAGCAGGGCCAUCAUCCAGUGGUGGCUACACAUGUAACUCAUUAUAGUAGGACACUCUUGUGGUAGAAGUUAUUGUCAUUUAUUGAAGUAUUAAGAAGGUUACAAAUGGA